CCCAAAAAUAAUUUCAUUUUCCUUUCUUUUCCUCAUCUACACUAAAAUUUCUCUAACCAUGUCCUCUCACAAGCCACCAGAUCAACCUUCUUCCUCUUCUAACUCCGGUCACCACAAGCCACAACCGCAAGUUAUUAGCCGCUACGAAUCGCAGAAAAGCCGCGAUUGGAACACGUUCUUACAAUACCUCAAAACCCUAAACCCACCCGUGACAACCUCUCGAUUCGAGCACACACACGUCCUAAGCUUCCUCAACUAUUUAGACCAAUUCGGUAAAACCAAAGUCCAUAAUCAAGCUUGUGUCUUCUUUGGACAACCCGAUCCACCGUCGCCUUGCACGUGUCCUCUCAAGCAAGCUUGGGGAAGCUUAGAUGCUUUGAUCGGACGGUUAAGAGCUGCUUACGAAGAACAUGGUGGUGGAUCAUCCGUUAGUAACCCGUUCGGAAACGGGUCGAUUCGGAUUCAUUUGAGGGAAGUGAGAGAGUCUCAAGCUAAGGCUCGUGGAAUCCCGUAUAGGAAGAAAAGGAAACGAAAGAAGACCAGAAACGACGUCGUUGUAAAGAAAGAUAUUUCAAAGUCUUCAAGUCACAAUCAUAAUCGUUAGUCCACUUGUAUCUUAAUCAUAUAUAUAUUUUCCAAUAUAAGGUAAUCAAUUUC